GGCCGCGCCAUUGCUUCGUAAUCAAAUCAGUGACAUACAAUCUCGCACUACGUGACCAGUGGUUCUGCUAACGAUUGCAUCUGUAGACAAGGUAUUGACAAUUGUAAACAAAUGCAUAGAAUCGCUGGACGGUGCAGCAGAUAUAAGCUACAGUAUGAUACGUUCUGGAGAUCGAUUACGCAACGAAGUCUAGGGAGAGAUACCUUAAUGGAACAGAUACCGUUUUCGAAGGACUUCCUGUUUCGCCAGCUCUUCGAUCCAACUUCUUGCACAUAUACGUACAUGUUGGCUGACAUUGGAACCAGAGAGGCGGUCAUAAUCGAUCCGGUCAUCGACUGGGCCAAGCGUGAUGCUUCGAUCAUCGAGGACCUCGGUUUGAAGCUGAAAUUCGUCC